CCCGGGUUCAUGAAUCUUUUGAACCAACCGCUAUCAUGGGACCCUAAUCUCUACGGGUGGAACCCAAGUCAAAACACGGAUGGGAUGGGGUCGUCUCAAGCGUUUGGGUCGGCUCAAGCGUUCGGCUCCCCACUACACGAACCCGAUGUUGUUCCGGAGACGCAACCCGAGGUACCGGAUACGCAACCGGAGACGCAAAAAGGAAAAGGAAAAGCAAAACGGGCACAUAAAAAGAAAGUGGAAACCAACACCCGAACGAAAAAAAAUGUGCAAACGUGGGAGCCCGAAGAGGAGUAUGCGUUAACCCGCGCUUUCAUCGAUGUUUCGGAGGACCCGGUCAUAGCAAACAAUCAAAGUAAAACCGUAUUUUGGAACCGAAUAAGAGAACUCUUUUUCGAGCUCAUGGGUAGAGGAGAGGAAUACCGCCUACCGGACUCUAUAUCGGGGAAGUGGACCGAUAUAAACAAGAAGUGCACAAACUUUCAAACCGUGUACCAACGCUUGUAUUCCGGAUGGAAAAGUGGAAGUAGCGAUGAAGACAUUACGCAAGAGGCAUUGGUCGAGUAUACGAACGCUAAUGGCCAUUUCCCGUACAUGAAGUGUUGGCAAAUCCUUCGCCAUAGCCCCAAAUGGGCCGUCGUAACUACUCCUAGUGGUCGUUCGGGAAAUACACGGCCAUCAAAGAGGUCCAAAACAAACGAGUCUGGUGAACCCGAAACGCCAACCUCCGACGCUCGAAACAUCGGCUUGAACGAGGAUAUUCCGGAUGACGAGCCGGUGGAGGAGCUACCAAGACCGCCCGGAAGAAAAAGCCGGGCGAAAAAACCCAAGUCGUCGUCGAUGUCUAUGGGAACGGAUAUGAGUCACGCGUUUUCGGAGAUAAACAAGCGGCUUCAAGACAUACACGAACUCGGUAACAAACGUUUGGAGGAGAACGAAAAAGUUACGGAGAUUAUGCGGGAUCGACAAUGGGCUCACGACUUUGACUUCUACUCCAAACCGCAUGACCACUUAACGGGAAAAGCUUUGAAAAUGGCGUUGGCACAAAAAGAGCGGAUUGAAAAAAAAAUAUAAUCUUUGAUUGUGUAAUUUUUUU